AUGUUCAGAUGUAAUUGUUCAUAUCAUUUUUAUUACAAUAUACAAAAUGAACAAUAUGAUUGUAUUUAUUAUGCGUUAAUAAGAACUGCGUUCGAUACGGUACCUAUAUUCCAUUAUGAUUAUGAAAGAAUAACAAUUGCACCUUAUUGUAUUUCAACGCCUUCAUCUACAAUAAAUUCAAACUAUACUCAGCAAUAUACAUUUGAAGAACUGAAACAAAAGAAUGUGACACCAAUUGAUUUAUAUAAUUGGUACUCACCAUUGAAUAUUAUUGAAAAAUAUCAUCGAUAUCUUCUUCAAACAAUUCCGAAUAAUUUAACAACCACUGAAAAUAUUUAUCAUAAUUGUACACAUCCAUGGUUUGGAAGAUAUUGCGAAUAUAAACUGAAUGGUGAAAUGCAGUUUUUUCCGAUGUUGGUUAGCGAUCGAUAUGACAUGAAAGAAAAACCAACAAAUGUUUUAUCAGUUACAAACGGAACAUGUUACAUUCAAUGUCAAGGUCGUCAUACAUGUUUAGAUUGGCGUGAGAUAUGCGACGAUGGUCAUGCUGAUUGUUCUAAUGAAGAAGAUGAACUUGAUUUACACACAUGCUCAAUGAAUUUACCGUAUCGCUUCAAAUGUGAUCAAAAUACAAAAUGUAUUCGACGAGAACUGUUGAAAGACGGAAAAUAUCAAUGUGAUGAUUAUACGGAUGAAACAUCAAUAACUGAAGUGUGUUAUAAUUUUGCAACAUAUGAAUGCGAUGCAUAUCGUGGUAACAAAGAAUUACCGUUAUUAUUUGAGCAAAUAUGCAAGGGUAUAACCGAAAUCAUGCCAUUCUUCUCAGCAGAGGAAGAAACCGAUGAAACACAUUGCCGGGAACAGCAGUGGUCAUGCGAUACACAUUAUACGCAUUGUAAUAAAGUAUGGAAUUGUGUUGAUGGUAAAGAUGAAUUAGAUUGUCCAAAACUAUUAGCAGCACGACAUUGUGAAGGAAAGGAACAUUACUGUCUACCAGUGGACACAACAGCCAUAACGCCAACAUGUUUGCCAUUAAAGAAAGUAAAUGAUGGAUAUAUCGAUUGCUUAGGGUCGAUCGAUGAACGAGAGUUUUGUCGCAGACAUUAUCCUGCAAAUCCAACAAUGAGGUAUCGAUGCUUAGAUUCCGACAAAUGUAUUAGCCCUGGAGAUUUAUGUAAUUGUCGAGAGGAUUGUCCUCAAGGCGACGAUGAACGUCGCGUGUGUCCAUGGUUAAAUUCAACAAAUUGUAAAUCUGGACAGUAUUUAUGUUCCGAUGGUGAAUACAAAUCACACGUUAUACGUUGCGAUGCGACAGAAGAUUGUCGGUCGCAUGAGGAUGAUAGAUUUUGCGAUCUAAUUGAUAAAUCAAUCAUUGUGCCUUUCGAUCUGGGCCAUAGAUUCGGUCAUUUAUUUGAUGAUUAUCCAUCAAGAGAAAUUCGUUCAAUUACGCAGAAAUUUGACCAGGACGAGCAAAACAAUGAUUAUGUGGCAUGGUAUUGCAAUCGUGGUGUUUUGAUACAUGGAAGAGAAGAGAAAAACGACACAUGUUUAUGUCCACCAUCGUACUAUGGAGAUCGCUGUCAAUAUCAACGUAAACGAUUGUCUGUGGUAUUACAGAUACAAAAACUAACAGCCUUUGAUAUUAAUCGCACAUUCAAAUUGUUAGUAUAUCUCUAUGAUAAUAAAAAUGAUAAAAUUGUGUCACAUGAACAAAUUGUAUAUCUAUCCCUAACAUUAUGUCUACCAAAAUACACAUUUAAUUUAUUAUAUCCUAUUGGCGAAACACAUCGAAAUUAUUCAGUUUACAUACAUGUCUUCACUAUUGAGGAAGAUUACAUUGUAUAUAAUAAACUAUCAUGGUAUUUUGAUGUUAAAUAUCAGUUCUUACCUGUUAAUCGCCUUGCCAAACGAUUGAUUCUUACUGAUUCAGACAAAAGUACAACAGGAAUAUCAUGUGACAGCUAUUGUUUAAAUAAUGGAUUAUGUCUACCGUUUGUUAAUGAUGAACGUAAGUUCUAUUGUCAAUGCCAGCCUGGUUGGACCGGUCAUCGAUGUCAUCUACCUCAAAGAUGUAAUUGCUCACAAGGCUCAUUAUGUAUUGAUCAAGCAAUAUGCAUAUGUCCAUUGAAUAGAAUCGGUCAGUAUUGUCUUGUACCAUUCAAUCCAUGUCGUCAUCAUCAUUGUGAGAAUAAUGGCACAUGCCAGCCGAUCGAUGAACGUUAUACAAACACACAUGAACCACUUAGCACCUUAAAACACUAUCACUGUCGAUGUACAAAUGAGUAUACUGGACACUACUGCGACGGCAAGAAAGCUCAACUUGAUAUUCAUUUUGAUAACAAUAUUAAUGUAGAAACAUCUGAUAUUUUGAUACAUACCAUUGAACCAUAUGCAGAUGAUCAACCACAACAGUCAGUUUAUUUUCAACGCAUGUAUAUCUACGAACGACAGCUAAAAUUUUACUAUGAAAAAAAAUUUUUACCCGCGCUUAUUUUUGUUCAGUUAUAUGAUAAUCAACAAAAACCGAACUAUUAUCUUGUUCUAUUAAAAACAAAGCAAACACCCCGAAAAAGAAACGAGACAACGAAGGUUCGAGCCAAUUAUCGUUGUCCAUCGAUAGUGGAAUUAUUCAAUCAUACAGUUGUUGAAUAUGAACAGCUACAACGUAUCAAAUUCUACCAACAACCGUGUCGUAAAAAACAAGUGAAGUGCUUUUACGAGCAGAAAAUGAUGUGUGUAUGUGAUAAGCAGAAUGAUGUUGAUUGUUUCGAAUUUAAAACUCAGUUAUUUGGUUGUGGACCGAAAGCGGAAGACUAUUGUAAUAAUAAUGGUCUGUGUAUUCAAAAUGAUGAAUUAUGCCCAAAGCAAACAGUCUGUUUAUGUAACAAUUGUUUCUAUGGUAGUCAAUGUCAACAUUCAACAUCGGGUUAUGCUGUAUCAUUAGAUUCCAUUAUCGGUUCGUAUAUUAUACUAAAUACACCACUGAAGCAUCAACCAUCAUACAUUAAAUUAUCUUUGAUACUAUUAACACUCUUACUCACUGUUGGUUUAAUUUCGAACUCAUUAUCAAUCUUAACCUUUUCCUUGAAAUCUAAAACUCGUGAUGUCGGUUGUGGCUUCUAUUUAUUAUUCUCAUCUCUCUUCGGACUAUUGACGCUAUUAUUCAUUUUGAUUAAAUUUAUUUAUUUAUUAACAUUAUCAUCAAAUCAUCUUGGAUGUACACUUAUCGAAUAUUUCUUAAAAUCAUUACCGACAAUAAGCGAUUGGCUAAAUGCUUGUGUAGCAGUGGACCGUUAUACUACAAUCCUGUAUAAAUUAAAAUUUAACAAAAAAUUAAGUAUAAAAUGUUCAAAAUAUAUGGUUUCUCUAGUUACAUGUUUGGUAUUGAUAACACUUGUACAUGAACCUAUUUAUCGUCAAAUCAAAAUUGAUACAUAUGACCAGCGCUCAUGGUGCGUAUUAAACAUAAAUAAACAACAACAGUGGCUCAUCAGGUACAAUUCAACAAUAAAUAUUCUACAUUUCAUCUUACCACUUAUAAUUAACAUUUUAUCGGCUAUUCUAAUUAUUCUACAUGCAUUACGUUCAAAAUUAUCUUCAACGACAUUAUCAAGAACACAAGUUCUUAUUAAACAUCGACAUAUUCUAAUUGGUCCAUGUGCUCUUAUUAUUCUAACAUUACCACGUUUAAUUCUUAAUUUUGUAUUAGUUUGCACAAAACUAGAUCGUCGGCCAUUGCCCAAUCUUAUCGCCUACUUCAUAUCGUAUCUACCGUCAAUAUCAAUUUUAUUUGGGUUUAUUCUACCAUCGCCAACAUACAGUCAAGAGUUUUUUGAUCUUAUAAAUAAAUGGUUUAUACCGACAUAUUUUAGACGACAGGCAUCAACACAGACUAAAUCCAAUCAAUUAAGAAAUAAAUAA